UGCGGCAAAAAAAAAAAAAACGGUUUAAGGACUAGAGACUAAAAGAUUCUCGGUUUUAAAUGUAGCCCGUUAUGCAAAUGGAUACGAAGCGGAUAAGUUGAAAGGGAACUUAAGGGCUGCGCGCCAUUUAAUUUAAGUACUUCUAAAUUGUUGUAUACACUUUUAAAACUUCAGGUGUUUAAUUCAAGUCAUGUGGUCUCAGCUGAUCUUUAUUCUCUGUAUACUGGGAGUAUGCACAGUCAACACUCAAAGAUGUGCUUCCAAAUAUCAGCAAUGCAGUCGUUCCUUUUCUUGUUGCUCUGUCCGGUCUGAACCUCUGAUAUGCAAACAGGCGAGCAAUGCCAAGUCUUAUUGUUAUCCUUUCCUGCAAUAUUUGAUCUGGUGGCUCAAAGUCCUUGAAGCCUCAAGAAAAACGUGCGCUGGAAUCUACCAAAGUUGUGACUUCAGAAAAUGCUGCUCUAGCGGAUUAUUUCCGAAGACGUGUCUGAAGACCCCGGGAGGAAACUUUUGUUUUGAUCAAUCACUUGCUGAAAAACUACCAACAACGACAACGCCUGCAACAACUUCCACGACCACUACAACUACUACACCCAUAACUACAAGUACCACCGUCAUGACGUCAACAUCACAGGUCACGCCACUUCAAACUACCACGUUAACGACUCCUACAAAAACGCCAACUACUCUUGCCGCAUCGUCGACAUCGACCACAACCCCAGGAACAACAGUAAAAGAUUCGACCACUACUGUAAGAACUAAUCCAACGGAAACAACCACAGGCACAGCUACAACAGCAGGAAGUACUACAUCAACCACAGGCACAGCUACAACAGCAGGAAGCACUACAGCAACCACAGGAACGUCUACAACAGCAGGAAGCACUACAGUAACCUCAGGCACAGCUACAACAGCAGAAAGCACUGCAACAACUGCAGGCACAGCUACAACAGCAGGAAGCGCUACAACAAACGCAGGCACAGCUACAACGGCAGAAAGUGCUACAACAACCGCAGGCACAGCUACGACAGCUGCUGGCACAGCUACAACAGCAGAAAGUGCUACAACAACCACAGGAACAGCUACAACAACCGCAGGCACAGCUCCAACAGCAGAAAGUGCUACAACAACCACAGACACAGCUACAACAACAGUAAAUGCUACAACAACUAAGUAAAUUAUUAUACAUCGGAUGCAAGACUUAUAAAUGUACAAUGUAUAUCUACAUAACCAGAGAUUUUAAUUUAUAUAUAGCCUGCUCGAGGUUUUAUUAAGUAUCACACUGUAUGUAUAAAUUAUUAAAAUAUGGUUUAGUCUA